AUGAAAAAAUUCUUGCUCGAGCGAGGCCUCCGGCCACGCUCAAACUCCGCAAAGGCCGUUGGGAUCGAAACACCGGCCACUCUGGACGAAUUCCUUCUCAAAACCCAGACAUACAUACAGUAUGAGGAGAAAGAAGCCGCUCAUGCAGUCUGUAACUCCAGGCAGGAAGAAAGCAGUAAAAAUGGCCGUCAAGACGAUUCCCGUCGGGGAACAGGCAAAAAGAAAGACGACAAGGGCCGAGAUCCCAAGGACUACAAGGCCCCGGCCGGAAAAUUCCGAGAGUACACCCCGCUCAACGCUUUGAGGGAACGCAUCCUAAAUGAAUGCGCGAACGCCGAAUUUCAGACGGGCAAGGUCCGCUUCCCUAAGACCAUGCAGGCACGACCAAAUGUAGAUAAAUCGAAGUUCUACCGAUUCCACAAAGGCCACGGACAUAACACUGAGGACUGCAUCCACCUAAAGGAUGCCAUAGAAAUAUUAAUCCGGGAAGGGCAUCUGAAGCAAUACGCGAAGAAGCAAGAAGCUGCAAAAGAAGCCAAACCGGUCACCGAAGAAAAGCCAACGGAGGUCACGCCCGCCAUGCAAGUAGCCAUGAGCAUCACCAGGCCAGAGGACUUUCGCCUCCCUGAUUGGGCUAGGUCGGAAGCCGCCCCCUCUCCUCUCAUUCCGUGGGAAACGUUCCCCUCCGUCAUGGUCAUAUCCGGAGGGGGAUUCAGCAAACUCACCGUCGGAUCCGUAAAACGAAAGUUCGACGAGUUACUCUCUGCCAGUUCGAGCAAAACCGCCGCUCUCGACCACGCCCAAAGCAGCCCAUCCUCUAUAUCUUUCUACAAAGAGGAACUGCCCGACGGAGUGCCCAACGCGACCAUACCCCUCCUCAUCCGAGCUCGGAUGGCCAACUUUGACGUGCGAUGCAUACUGGUCGAUCAAGGAAGUUCGGUGGACAUCAUGUACUCCCAACUAUUCAAAACAUUGCAGCUCAAUGACAGCCACCUUACCCCCUAUGUAGGAUCAGACCUACAAGGUUUCAAUGGCACUGUGACCAAAGAGCUCAUCGUUUCAAUUGGAUCGGUAGAAACCACGAGGGUCGUCAAGGUCCAAUUCCUAGUCAUUGACUGCCCCUCGAUCUACCAGUGCAUCUUAGGAUGCCCAACCCUGGCCGAGUUAAUCGCGGUCCCUUCAACCGUGCACCUCAAACUCAAAUACUACACGGCCAAAGGACAUGUCGCGACACUCAACGGUGACAUCGAAGCGGCCAGAAGGUGCUUCGAAGCCUCCGCCAAAGGUCUGAGAUCGAUAAAGACAGUUCCUCAAGACAAGACAGUGACCAGCGCCAUCUCAGAACCCAACAAACCAAUCCCGCGCAUCGACACUGUCGACCUAGACAACCGCUUCCUUAAAAAGCCCGAGCAGGGCACCCACUCGGAGACAUCUGAGAAGGGCCUCCGGCCUAUUCCAGACAGAGAUUUCGAGCUCGUUUCCCUCGGGGAAGAUCCGACCAGAGGAGUCAAGAUCGGAGCUGACCUGCCGGAACUCGCAAAAAAAUAA